CGUAUUCUCGUUAUUAGACAUAACGGCUAAAGCGAUCACUGAUGUAGACAGUGACACAAGUCAUCUUUCAUUAGCCCUACUAAAAAAUGGCGGCAGUAUUAGAAUCCCGGCCCAUAGGUCGGUUGUAACCCGGAAGUACCUUUCUAAAAGAGGGGGCGGUGGGGCAAUCCGGAAGUGGAUGUAAUGAAGGGGUGCCACUUGGCGGCCAUGGCAGCUAUAGUAUCAGUGGCUCCGGUUCAAGGCCCAGCAGAGUGGAGUAAUAUGGGCAACACCGGGUAUAGGGCAGAGACAGCUUUGUAUCGGCUUCGCUGAUGAACCCCUAAGACCCAUCGUUAGAGACUUGCAGGACUCCUUUCCUCAUUCUAGACUCGGAGGAGAGUUUGCUGGGACUGGUGGGCUGGUCCCAGCCUGAGGGAGUAACCGGCAGGGUGCCCCAGGGAGCUAGGAGCGCUGGGAGAACGAACAAGUUCGCUUGGGUUUUCCUCCUUUUCCUGCUGCCACCUGGGACGUUGUCUGUGGAGAGAGUGGGCCCUUUGUGCCACCCUCAUUCCGACGAUUGAAGAAGUCGCUCAUUCGCAUAUUUCCCCCCAUGGACUUUUCCCUUCUUUAACUGUUAACCCACCGGAAUCCAGUGACUGGCAUCUGAAAACCCAGGGGCUGGGACCUAAGACUGCUGAAAGUUCUCUCUGGUGCUAAUAUCAGCAAAAAAGGGCUGUUUCCAGGUACGUUCAAGAGCAAGGUGCCUCGUGAACACAUCUGGUGGGGAGGACGAAGGAACUGGAAAGUCCACUUGUUCUCGUGGAAUCACGCGUUUAAGAACCUAAGCACCCUUUGAAGCCACUGACAAUUUGUAGUCUGGUGGUGGUAGUUGAAUGAAGGAGGGCAGAAUGGAUGAUUUCAUCUCCGUUGGUCUGCUGUCUCUGGCUAUGUUGGUGGGAUGUUACGUGGCUGGAAUCAUUCCCUUGGCUGUUAAUUUCUCGGAGGAGCGACUAAAGCUGGUGACUGUUUUGGGUGCUGGCCUUCUCUGUGGAACUGCAUUGGCAGUCAUCGUGCCUGAAGGAGUACAUGCACUUUAUGAAGAUAUUCUUGAGGGAAAACACCACCAAGUGACUGAAACACAGAAUGUGAUUGCAUCAGACAAAGCAGCAGAAAUACCAGUUGCCCAUGAAUAUGAGCGUAGCCAUGACCACACACAGCUGCAUGCCUACAUCGGUGUUUCUCUCGUCUUGGGCUUUGUUUUCAUGUUGCUGGUGGAUCAGAUUGGCAGCUCCCAUGUGCAUUCUACUGAUGAUCCAGAAACAGCAAGGCCUAGCAAUUCCAAAAUCACCACCACACUGGGUCUGGUCGUCCAUGCUGCAGCUGACGGAGUCGCACUGGGAGCAGCAGCUUCUACUUCACAGACUAGUGUACAGUUAAUUGUGUUUGUGGCAAUAAUGCUACAUAAGGCACCAGCUGCUUUUGGGCUGGUUUCCUUCUUAAUGCAUGCUGGCCUAGAGCGGAAUCGAAUCAGAAAGCACUUGCUGGUCUUUGCACUGGCAGCACCAGUCAUGUCUUUGGUGACAUUCUUAGGACUGAGUAAGAUUUGUCACUGAGUCAGCAGCUGUGGAAAUAGAACUUGAGCGCCCUCUACUGGCUGUAGACCAAAGUAGCAUAAAUAAGAUUUGGUUUUGUAUAGUGGCUGGCAGUCAUUGCAUACAAUAUUAAAACCAACAGAAGGUACAGUAUAGAAAGUAUCAGUGACUUUCCUGAUAACAACUCUGACUUAUGAGAGUCACGGGGUUUCAUCUGGUCCUUCAAAGUGACGUUGUUGCUUUGAUUCUCCCUGGAAAUUUACUUUGAUAAAUGAAAAGCACAUUUUAAUGUCAGUCUGGUUUGGUUUGGAUAGUAGCACUUUCUAUCAUAUUGUUGUGUGCAAUGAUGAGAAAUUUUUCUGCUGGCCAAAGCCUCUUACAGCAGUGCCUUGACAUCACACUUACAAGUUUAGCUAGAAUAUCUUGCUGGGUAGGGCUUUGAACUCUGGCAAGGAUUGAACCAUCUAAUUUCCAAAUUUGCCUUCCCCUCUGGACUUCACAUUAACAGGCAAACCUUCCAAGGCCUAUCAGCUCUCAGAAGCUAUGGGCUUUCCCAGAUUUUAAAGCUGCUGCAUCAGGAACUACUCAUUUCUCUCCUGAUCAGCAGGCAGAAAUAGCCAUACUAACUUCAUAGGGCUCAAAUGCAUCUUCAGGCAGCAGGGAACUGAGCAGCAUGGCAGAGGCUUCCUACACUGAGGGAAGAACUUGCUUGUGGUGGGCAUUGUCCCAGGAGAGGCCAUAUCAACAGUUACUUAUUGGCAUAUUUCAGUUCUGUUUUCCUCUUAUUUAAAACUGCCUCCUCAGAUGUGGAUGCCUUAAUGCUCUCACACAUUUGAAAACAUUGGCAAUACUUAAGUUGCUGCCAUGAUUACAGGUGGAAUUAUUUGCUACCAAAGAGAUGCAAUUGAUGAUGAAAAGCAUGGUCCUUCCUUCCUUAUAACCAAAGUUAAUCUUAAUUGCAAUUUGGCUCCUUUUCCUUGGUAGGGAUAGACUUUCUUCAGAUUCCUAGUACUCUCAUAAAUGGCAAAUUGAGUUGAAAACUACUACUGAUCCAUUCCCCUCACUUAUUCUUCAGUGAAUUGCUUAUCAGUUUCUAUUUCCCUGAAGCAGCAGUGUUCCAGGUCUGGCAAUUUUCCUGUGCAUGCUACUGCCAAACUUCUUUUUUUCAGCAGAAGUUCUGCACUGGUGUGUAGAGUUGGAAACAGUACCACCUACAGAGGCUAUAUCUUCUUUCUUCCCACGCCCCCAAUUGCCUUUUAGUUCCCUGUUCAAAAUAGCCGAGUCAGCCCUAUUUCUAUGUUUUGAAUUAUUAGAAAAAAAGAGAGGUGGCCAUUUUGAGUGGUCAGUUCUUUGUAGAAAGAAGAAAAUAUGUUUUUUUACUGGCCUACUUCUAAGUGUCACUGCCUGGUUUUUCUGUCUUUCAGGGAUUAGAACUGGGAGGACACACCAGCAUUGGAGUGUAUUAAGCCCCUCAGACACGUGGUAGUGAGGUACUGAACACAGAAACUGUAUGUUAAU